GGAAAUUCAAGCUAUUGGCAAUCUUGCUCGGGGUUUAAGAACUAAUUUCUCUGCAAGUUCACGCUUCCUAUUGCCAGUUUUGCUGGAAAAAUUGAAAGAGAAAAAACCUGCCUCUACUGAGGCACUAAAUCAAAGUCUUCAGGCAAUGCAUACAGCUGGGUGCUUAAGUCUAGCUGACAUUGUGGAAGGCAAGUAUAUCUUUAUCCUACGCUGUAGUUCUUUAAUUCAGAAUAUAGUAUUGUCAUAGGAUUCCUUACUAUGUUUUUGGUUUAAGUUUUUUUUUAUUAGAGAUUAGAUGACAUAAAUUCUUUGCAUUUGAGUGUUUGUAAUCGCUUUGAUAGGUGGUAAUUUUGAUUUUGCCCAAACUGUAAUGGAUGUUGUCUAUUGCAGAUAUUAAGACAGCUGUAAAAAAUAAAGUUCCUCUUGUACAGUCAUCAACUCUUAACUGGGUAACAUUCUGUAUUGAAACAAGUAACAAGGCUGUUAUUUUAAAGGUGCGCAAGGACUAUGUGCCUAUCCUUAUGGAGUGCCUCAAUGAUGGGACUCCAUAUGUGAGGGAUGCAGCCUUUACAGCUUUGGCAGCGAUAGCUAAGUUGGUUGGUAUGAGACCCUUGGAGCGGUCACUUGAGAAACUUGAUGAUGUUAGAAGAAGGAAGCUUUCUGAAAUGAUUUCAGGUUCUGAAGGUGGCACAUCCACCAAUACAAGCUCAGCAGUCCAAGCUUCUGGUGCAACUGCAUCCUCUCAUGAGGCAUCAGAUGCUUCAUUUGUUAAAAAGCCAGCAGCAAGCAUGCUUAGUGGGAAGAGGCCUGUUCAAGCAGCUCCUACCAACAAAAAAGGGGCUUCUGCUAAAGGGGGUGUGAGUAAGAAGAGUGAUGCACCUGCACAGACAAAAUCCUCUAAAUCUGCUGAAACACCCGAAGAUGUUGAGCCAUCUGAAAUGGGUCUUGAAGAGAUUGAAAGCAAAUUCGGUUCUCUUGUACAAGCAGAUGCUAUUUCCCAAUUGAAGAGUGCUGUGUGGAAGGAACGGCUUGAAGGUUUGUUAUAA